AUGGCAGAGGGAAGCGACGAGCAAACGACAGACUCGCCUGUAUGCGAAGAAGGAAAGAUAUUGGCGAAAGAUCUUAUAAAUUAUAAACUGGGGAAAAAUCUGUCACCUGUCAAUGCUACCGCUAGAACACUACGGAAACUUUCGGACGACGUUGAACUAAGGAAUCCUGACCUCUUGGCGCAAAUGUGUUCAAAAUUAAACUUCUCAAAAGAAACGGUGUAUAGUUCUUUUUGCGAGGUCGCCAAAGAGAUGUUUUCUGACGGUGUUAUAAAUUGGGGUAGGAUUGCGGUACUGUUUGCCUUUGCAGCUCAAGUUGCCAAGUAUUGUAAUGAGAACAAUAUGGGUGAUCAGAUGGAUGAUAUAAUUGAAUGGACGGCGAGAUAUGUUAGCGAAAUGGGUUGGAUAGAGCAGCAAGGUGGAUGGAACGGCCUUAAUAGAUGCUUCAGAGAUAUUGGUGAAAGCAACACUAGCUGGUGGAGUCGGUGGUGGUGA